AUGCCUAUCGACCAGGACGAUUUGAUUGCCAUUGGCUUAGCGGUGGCACUAAGAAGGAAAAAAAGACGAUCAAAUGGGAGACUUAAUCUUCCAGAUGACGCUCCCCCUGUUAAUUCUGAUUGUAAUUUGCUCUAUGUUUUUGUAGGAGAUGAAGCAUUUGCACUGAGACCUGAUUUUAUGAAACCAUAUCCUCAAAAGGAUUUGAAUGCAGAGAACAGGAUUUUUAACUAUAGACUAUGUAGAGCACGGAGAGUGGUUGAAAAUGUUUUUGGAAUAAUGGCUUCUAGAUUUAGAAUUUUCUAUACAGCAAUAAAUCUGAAAUUAUCAAGCAUUGAAAAGGUUGUUAUGGCAUUUGUUGUCCUUCACAAUUAUUUAAGAAAGACUUGCCCUUCAAAAUAUUCUCCUGAAGAAUGCUUCCAUAGAGACGAUAUUUCAAUCAGAAUAAUUGUACCAGGGUUAUCACUUGAUCCUAAUUCUGUUGUAGGCUUAAAAAAUGGUCAAGGAACACGGAACUAUUCCCAAAUUGCUAAAGAAGUAAACCAUGGCAAAAAGACUUCGUGUAAAUACUAA